AUGGCCAUGUCCAGGCGGGACCACUCUCCGGACCCGGACGGCGGCCGACGGGGCUCGCGCCCUGAUCGCGAUCGCAGUCGCAGCCGCAGCCGCAGCCGUGACCGGGGCCGACGUAGCUCCGACAAGCACACUCGCAAGUAUGCCCGCGAGCUCAGCCGUAGCCGUGAUCGUAGCUGCGAUCGCAGUCGCAGCCGCAGCCGCAGCCACGAUCGGAGGCGGCGACGUUCUCGGAGGAGCAAGCGCAGUCGCAGCCGCAGCCGCAGUCGCAGUCGCAGUCACAGUCUGCCCCUGAACCGCCCGAGUCAUGGUCCCCCGCCGCCAGUACCCACCACCAGCUCGAGUGGUGCCCAGGGAACGCAGAGUAUCCCGCGCGAUCCGCCGGCCACUCCGGCCGCCUCCUUCGGCCCCAUGACUCCGGCCCAGUAUGACAAACUCUACAACACCAUCAGUGAAAAGUAUGACGAGGAAACAGGCCGCAUGAGACUCGUUCGAGGCACCGGGGAGAUUCUCGAACGAAUUGUUUCCAAAUCCCAACAACAACAGAUCAACAAACAAUCCACCAGGGCCGACGGGAUUUGGUACAUGCGUCAAGCGGCCCACAAGCGCUGA